CGCGGGUCCUGGCGCCCCGGAUCGGCGCGUGCGCACUAAAUACGCAGCUUGUACGCAAGCGCGUGCUGUUGCGCGGAAGAGAGGGUCCCGAAUGCACGUGGGGCUGGGGCGAUGGAAGAGGCGAUGCGAGCUAACUCCAAGAUGCGUGCUGAGCCUGGAGUAGAGUCUAGUCCUCGAGGUCCCGGCUGCAGCCUCCGGCACUUUGCCUGUGAACAGAACCUGUUGUCCCGGCCGGAUGGCUCUGCCUCUUUCCUGCAAGGGGACACAUCGGUCCUGGCGGGCGUGUACGGGCCAGCUGAGGUGAAGGUCAGCAAAGAGAUCUUCAACAAGGCCACCCUGGAGGUGAUUCUGAGGCCGAAGAUCGGGCUGCCUGGUGUCGCCGAGAAGAGCCGGGAGCGGCUGAUCAGGAACACGUGUGAAGCAGUGGUUUUGGGAGCGCUGCACCCCCGUACCUCCAUUACUGUGGUGCUACAGGUCAUCAGUGAUGCUGGCUCUCUCCUGGCCUGUUGCCUGAACGCUGCCUGCAUGGCGUUGGUGGAUGCAGGUGUACCCAUGCGGGCCCUCUUCUGUGGGGUCACCUGUGCUCUGGACUCUGAGGGGACCCUCGUGCUGGACCCCACGGCCAAGCAGGAGAAGGAGGCCCGGGCCGUCCUGACCUUUGCCCUCGACAGUGUGGAGCAGAAGCUGCUGAUGUCCACCACCAAGGGGCUCUACUCAGAUGCUGAGCUCCAGCAGUGCCUGGCCGCGGCCCAGGCCGCCUCGCAACGAGUCUUCCGCUUCUACCGGGAAUCGCUGCAGAGGCGUUACUCCAAGAGCUGAGGCAAGCUGGGGCAGGGCGCCCUCCUGCCGCCGCUGCCGCCACCCACCGCCUCCGUGGAAAAUAAACCAGCAGCCUGGCCUCGCCUCUCCAUCCCUGUGUGCCCAGAUGAGCUUGUGGGCCUGGGGGCACAGACCCAUCCUGCCCCCUAGGAAAGCAUUUCCACACUGCCAAGCAAGCCCCGCCCACCCCACCAGUUUGAUGGAUACCCGUGGGGCACCUGCUCUGUGCGUGUCCUGCUAGGUACUAGAGACCCAGCAGUGAAUGACCCCCAGGUUCAAGGAGCAGUGGAGCGAUAGGCAGAGGCUAUCGGUGUUUGUCAGACGGUGGGAAAUGCUGGGUAAAAAGCAGGGAAGAGGGGUUUGGGGAGGCCAGAUUCAAUCCAGCAGUCAGGGAUGUCCGAGGGGAGCCCAGGAGGAGGCCUGCAGAAGAGGGAGGAUGGGUUUCGGGGUGGCUCUGGUGUGCUGGGGCCGGGUAAGUAGGGACGGGGGAGGGAGGAGAUGGGUCAGGGAGGGAACAGGCGCAGUGGGAGGGCCCUGCGGGUCUUGGCAUCUCAGCCUGAACAAGAAGGAACAAGCUCAGAAGCCAGGCAGCUGCCAGAUGUCACCAGCUAACUGGUGAUGGAGCAGGGGGUUCUCCUUGGAGUCCGGCCCCAGAGCCCUUCACCGUCCAGAUGAGCCCGGGAGACCCCAGCACGCUCGGGACUGCGGUUCCCCAUCUGCAAGCAGAAGUGGUGGAGGCCUGGCGGUCAGGUGUAUGGAAAUAUGGGGAGGGGUUCUUAGCAGCCAUUUGGCCACUGUGUCCCCCACUCCCAUAUUUAGUGGGCAGGAGCCAAGAACAUGAAUGCAUCCCACAAGGAGUAACUCCCACAGCCGGGCCACACGGUCGCCAGCUUCUGUGGGGCACUGAUAUUUGGGGGUUUACAGUGAAAAUUAUACGUCUGGCGGGCCCUCGCCGCAUGCUUCACAUGCUUGAACUAGCUCUCACAGUUCCCACAAUUGCCCCCUUGGAGCCGGUGUCAUUUUCGUCCCCAGUAACCAAGAAGGGGAAGCAUCAAAGUCUUGACUUGCAACUCUGCUCCGUGAGACCCAGAAGAACGCCCGAUGGGAAAGCGUUGUCUUCCAGUAAGAUCCACCAGGAUGGCAUUAAACAGAGUGAGAAAACUUAAGCUGUAAA